AUGGCUGAGUUGCUGCAGCUCCUCCUCCUUAAAUAUCGGUUGAAGGAGCCGAUCACCAAGGCAGAGAUGCUGUCCCAUGUGACCAAAGAGUACGAAGCGUACUUCCCUUUCAUGUUCAGGAAGGUGUCUGAGUGCAUCCAGGUGGCCCUGGGCAUACACGUAAAGCAAGUCGACCCCGUUCGUCAGUGCUAUGUGCUCGAAACCGCCCUGGGCCUCACCUACAAUGGGAUGCAGGAUCAUGACAGGAGCAUGCCCAAGACUAGCUUCCUGAUCAUGGUCCUGGGCCUGAUCUUCUCGAACGGCAACCGUGUCUCUGAGGAGGAGCUGUGGGAAGCACUGAGUGUGUUAGAAAUAUAUGAUGGUAGGGAGCACUACAUCUACGGGGAGCCCCGGCGGCUCCUCACUGAAGAGUGGGUGCGGGAAAGGUACAUUGAGUACCGACAGGUGCCCUGCAGUGAGCCUGCUCGCUAUGAGUUCCUGUGGGGUCCCAGGACCCGUGCUGAAACCACCAAGAUGAGAGUCCUGCAGUACCUGGCCAGGUACUAUUCUGUGGAGCCCGAAUCCUAUGCAUCUCUGUAUCUAGAGGCUUUGAGAGAGGAGAACCAGAGGGCCCAACUGGGAGAUGCAGCCUGA